UCUAGAAAAAUUGAGUGAAGAAGUGAGGAAAGUCUUCUUCCGAAAUGGAAUUAUUGGGGCGGUUGAGCGAGUUGGAUAGAACAUACGAAGAUAUAGACGAUUUAGAAUGUUCCCCUGUCCAUGCUGAACUCUCUAAGCGCAUGAAGAAGACGCUGUAUGCUGGAAGAGCAGAUUGUGAUGAGAUAUCACUUCCUCUGACUGAUAUUGUUGUGGAGCUGUUUGAGAAUGCUGAUCAGGGUCGCAUGGGGCAAUUGAGUAAAAGACAUGUCGCUAAUGUCACAAGGAGGGCUCAUGUUACCCAGUGCAGUCUCUUUCUUAGUAUGAUGUACACUAAACGACUACAGGAAAGCAACCCGGACUAUGUGAAUAGAAUCAAACCUGCUGAACUGUUUCUGGUAUCGAUGAUGAUUGCAACCAAGUUUCUUUAUGAUGAAGGAGAAGAAGAGGAACUAUACAAUGAUGAGUGGGCAGCCGCAGCUAAAGUUGACGUUAACCGAGUUCAUGAUCUUGAGAUGGAGUUCCUGGCUGCCAUUGACUGGAAGCUGUUGGUGGAUCCAUUGGAUUUCUACGAUUUUCUCCUUGGAAUUGAAACAAGGAUCGCAUUGAGUGAAGGAGGAAAAAGAGGCUGGUAUACGUACACUGAUUUGAGUAUACUCAUGCAGCAUCCUGGCUGGUACGAAGCUUGCUCCACUCUCAUAGAACACAUGGUUAAGGUGAUCAGUAUAUGCACGCUUGUGUACAGUGUGUGUGCUGCCACUACUAUAUGGUCUGCCUUACUCCUCCACCACGCUAACAUCCCACUCCAACCAACCAAUGGUUGUCUUCCUCUACCUCUGGGCUCUCACUUUGCAAAGUCUACCGAGACCAGCCAAGGCUUCAACCAUCCCUUGAUUGACCUCGUUCUGCAUUUCUAUCUGACCCACGACCAAAGAGUUGCCCCCGAUAACUCUCUUCGCUGCUCGGUGCCUUGGUAUGAACUGGAACAACAAGACCUCUCUAGGAAGGGUCGGUUACUCCAACCAUCUCAUGAGAGACUUCAAGGAGUGGAGGAGGAGGAGGAGGCAUCGUCAUGCCGAUGUGGUUUAAAUCAGAGUAGCUACCCACAGAGUUCAGAAGGUACUGGGAGAUACUGCUCAUGUAGUAUGUCCUGGUCCCGAUACACAACAACCAAGAUGAGAUCCGUCCAAUCAACUCUCGUUAUGUUCUAUCAUGCCUUACUGACUGCUUGGUCAGACCCACCCUCUUCUACAGACAACAGCACUCAAGACAAUCCUCUGUCUGACUCACAACAUCGUCCAUCAUCUUGCAGCGCUUGUAGCAGACCAGAACCCCUCCCCGUCUUGAACUUAACCGAGAAUGCCUUACACUCACCACAUCGAGCCUGUUGUCAGUCCAUCCAAAGGGCGGAGUCUUACUGCUCAAUGGACUAUGAGAAAUGUAACAAUUCCUUAAAGUCCUCUAAUCUUGGCUCAAACCGUGGAUGCAGAGGAAAGAGACCUAUACCUUCACUCAUUUCACCAGUUUCAGACCUGACGGUUGGUUUUAGAACAAGUUCUGAAAUCCUAGUGUCGAUGUGACAGUCUUAGGUACCAAAGAAAUUACCAUUGAGAGACCAGGGGCAAUGUCACAGAGAUUGUUUACCAGAAAUCAGGUACCAGCCAAUAUGUAGAUGAGAUGCAAAUGAGGGAUCUUUGGAAUGCUAGAUGGCAGCAGGCAUACUUGGUAAUUUUCCACUGUUCUGAGCAUGUUCACAAAUUUGUAAGACAAUGGAUUUACCUGUUUUGUCUGCUGCCACCUAGAGUCCCAAAUGUCUACCAUUUCAUGUCACUGAUUAACUAAUGACUCUUACUUGGCUAACCUAUCUGUUCCGUAAUUUUGUCCACUGAGCAGGUUUAUAAGACGAUUCUGGUCUCAUUGAGACACUGGGUGGCAGCAAACUUGAAAAGAUUUCUCUUGAUUUCUGAAAGGCAGUCCAAAUUCAUGGAUUCAGCUAUAUAGCCUGUCCAGAAUUCUUGAACGUUUUCAUCACUAUUGCUGCGGACAAAUUCUAUCAUUUGAAAAAGUUGCUUUUCAAAUGUUUUUACUAUUUGAAUAUUUCUUUUUUUUUAGUCCACCACCUAGUGUGCAAACUUUUGCUUCAUAGCUAUUUGACAUGAGGUAAUAUUUAUGUGAUUCACAUUACUAAUUUUACUGUUUUUUCCCAAAUCGCCAACUAACAAGUGUAUUUAAAAGCAUGACGUUACCUGAUUCUACAAAAUUUUAGAGUAUUCAGGGUUUUUUAGUUUUUUAGUUUGUAUAUUUUACCCAACAGUACUGCCUACACAUGGAAUUUGAAGUUCGUGUAAUCACUUGUAAUAUUGUCAUUGUUUUCAAAGUAUAAACAAAUUAAUCCUUAAAAUUCAAGUGAAUAGAAAAUCCCUAUUUCCAUCACACAUGUAAGCAAUAGUUUGUUGCUUACUGAAUUGCAUACUGAGUCACCCUUCAGUGCUGCUUACUGCAAGAAAAACAAAUACCUUUUCCUCCACAUGAGACUUGACAAUUGUUUUGUAAGCACAGAAAAAAAAGUGUAAGCAGAUUGUUCUGUGGGGUUUCAAUGCCCCAAAAACCAGUUGCCAUAUAUUUACUUUUAUUUGUGUCCAUCUUGUUUCUGUUGAGAAAACACACUGAACACUUAAAAAUGAAAAUGGUAAGGAAUAAUGACCCAAGUUUUUCAAAAUUUAAAAAAGGAAACAAUACUUUUAAGUAUUAAAAGAGACCUGAAUUUUCACUUGUCAUUAUGUUGCAGGCAAUACUGUUGUGUAAUACAGUUAAUCAAGUAUGGAAUGGCUCUAUACUAACUGCAUGUAUUAAUUAAUACCCAUUAUAUAUUGGAGAUUUAAUCUGGUAUGUUGAUUAUGGUACUUGUUUACUUUUUUCUUUCUUGGUUUUAAUAUUUUAAUUAUUUAGUGAAUUUUUUUAGCCUUAUCUUCAUUGCUCUUUUAGUUUUGCUAGUUUGCAUAGCUGAAGCCUUUCCAGUUUUAAACUUACUUGGUGAGAAGCACUGCAGUUUGUGUAUCUCAACAUAUGCAUAAAAUAACAAAC